AUGGCUCAACCAGCGCCAAUUCCGCCGCCGCCCACAUCAUCAUUUCCACCGGGCGAAAUAGCCACCAUCGGUCUGGCGUCGCGUAUCCCACCAUUUUGGACCGACAUGCCUAAAAUGUGGUUUCUACGCUUCGAGUCAGUAAUGGGACCACAACACCAGGGGGAACAGGUCAAGUACGAUAUGGUGGUGAGGAAAGUGGGCAAGGAAGAGCUCAACCAACGCGACUGCCGGCGUGGGUUCACGCGAUCUUGGCACCGACAGAGCAGACACGAAACUAGAGGAUCUCGCCGAGAUGGCCGACAACGUGAUGGACAAUCUACACAACGGGGAGCUGUUGGCCGUGGACGCCGGCUCUGCCCGCAGCUUGUCGUCGACCCCAACCGUAGCAGAGGUGAAAGUCGAGUGCUGACCCAAAUUAAGACCAUGGCACUGGAGCUCAAGACGCUGCGCAACAGCAUAAAUACAUAUGGUGUCGUAACGUUAUAG